AUGUCCUCAUACCAACUCCCUGAAGACCAAGGCUACUUAGAGGUCCAGUCGUACGAGGACCAGGAGGAUUGGGACGACGACGGACACGACUUUGGCAUUUUGCCUACACCUCGACAGAGCAACCUGCCUCUACCCUCACCCGGUUCAGGGAAGAGCCGCGGCAAGCACAGGUCAAGCAAAGCAACUGUCCAGUCGGGCUCAGACACAGAGAAGGAAUCCUCGAAGAUGUCAUCAAGAUCAUCAAAGCGCUCGUCACUCUCCUCUGGUUCCAAGAAGGACAAGUCUUCGUCCAAGACGAAAAAGUCAGACGACUGGAGCGACGUGACGGAGCCGGACGAGAGGAGACGCAUCCAAAACAGGAUCGCACAACGCAAGUUCAGAGAAAGAGCACGUGAGCAAAGAGACCGAGCGCAACGGGAUGCCCAAAACCAGCAGUACGCGGGGAGCACGUACCACAUCCCCGACGCAGACGAGAUUCUGGGCGACGACGGCGACCUGUCGGGCCUUCCGUGGGGCGGCAUCAACAUGCGGCACGUCGUCGCCCGAGGCCACGCCUCGGCCAGCUCACACAGCCACCACAGCGGCGACAGCGCGCGGUACGACUCGCCCACCGCCGGCACAACUUCCCAUCCCAACGACCUCGCCGACCAUGCCCUCUACAACAUGAACCCUUACGGCUACGCGCACCCCGGCGCCGUGGGCGUGCCCGUGGGCUCCGUGGCUGGCUACGACACCACUGCUACUUCGGCCGGUGACGGGUCGAGUAGCGUCGCCUAUGACUCGCCGUACAUUGGGUACUAUGACUAUGAUCCGACCGGCGCUGGAGACGCAAUGGGCGGCCAUCAUCAGAUGUGA